GUCGACGCUUUGAAUCGCCCCGAUCUUCUCUCGCAAUCAAACUCUGCCCAAUGGCGAACAAUACCUCACUCGAAGCUUCUCCUUCUGAGCCACCGCUCUUUCUGGAAGUUUUUUGUGAAGUUUCUGGUAAGGAAUACCGAUUCACAACUGGGACAAAGGCGAAAUUUGCUGUCUCUGUGAUCAACAAGAAACUUGGUUCGUUAAAACCUAGAGUAGUGUUCAUUGAAGCAGCAAAGGAUGGUGAAGAACCUAUCAGUUUUGGUGAUGAUGCUUGUCUUGUCAAUUACGGACUUGGUUGGAAGUUGAAGACAGUCGUUGAUUCUGAUUUUCCUGGAACUGAGAAAAACAAUCUACAACAGCACUUUCCUUCUGUAAUAUCAAUGGGUUCCAAAGAUUCAAAGUACACAAAGGAUUCAAGACCAGAAAUUGGAGAUCAAAGUCUAAAAUACAUUGGAAGAAUAUUUUUUGCAUUUGUUUUGAUGUUUAUUCUUGGUGGCCUCUUCACAGUGGCUCUUGAGAACCUUCCCAGACUUAUAUUGCUCUUUAAAAACUCGUACAUGUAAACAAUUGACACUGUCCAAACACAAAGACAUGUGGAGAUGUAACUCCUAAAUCUGUCAUUCUUUUUCUAUCUAUACUAGUUUAAUUAUAAACGUAUUUUGAGGUU